AUGACGCUUCUAAAUGCCCUCGUUAUGUCGCUCGCCGCUCUGGCGAGCGCUCGACCGCAUGCUUCCGUCAAACGCCAAGCCUCCCAACUCAGCAACAGCUACGACUUUGUCAUCGCGGGCGGCGGCACCGCCGGCCUUACCGUGGCUGACCGUCUCACUGAAGCAUUCCCCAACAAGACUGUCCUCGUCGUCGAGUAUGGCGAGAUUGAGUAUGCUCCCGGUGUGUUCGACCCCCCUCAGAUCAUCUGGGGAGGGUCCAGCGCGGGAGCCGGCUCCUUCGUCUUCCAGUCGCUGCCGAACCCGGACGUGAAGAACGGUACUGCCUCUGUCCUUGUCGGCAAGACCGUUGGCGGGAGUAGUGCCAUCAACGGCAUGUUCUUUGACCGGCCAUCACGGUUCGACUUUGAGGUUUGGAGCGAGGCUGGCAGGCCGGAGUUUAACUCGAGCGAGGACAAGUGGGACUGGGAUGGGAUAUUUCCGUAUUAUAAGAAGAGCGUCACCUUCACUGAGCCAGACGCCGCCGUCGUCGAGAAGUAUGGCUACACCUGGGACGUGUCCGCAUUUGGUGGCUCAACGCCCAUCUACUCCAGCUUUCCGCCGUUCCUGUGGGCCGACUACUCCGUUCUCAGGGAUGCCUGGACGGAAAUCGGUAUCCGGACGCAAAAAGAAUGCGCUGGCGGAGACAAGGCAGGACUCUGCUGGAUCCCAAUCUCGGAGCAUCCAGUGACGGCGAGGCGGUCACACUCCGGGCUCGGCCACUACGCCGCUGUCAAUUCAACCCGACCCAACUACCAGAUCCUCGUCAAGCACCAGGUCACCAGACUCGUGUACCCAGACGGUCUCCAAUCCGGGCCGCCGCUCGUGGAGAUCCGGUCUUUGGAGGACGACGAGUUGUUCAACGUGACAGCCAAGGCCGAGGUCAUCAUCUCGGCCGGCGCGGUCCAUACGCCGACGAUACUGCAGAGAAGCGGGAUUGGACCAGCGUCAUUCCUCGGCACGGCAGGCAUUCCUGUUGUCCUUGAUCUUCCCGGAGUCGGCUCCAAUUUCCAGGACCAUUCAGGCCCCGAAAUUUCAUGGAACUACACAAAGCCCGGCAACUUCUCGCCGCUGCCGUCGGAUAUGCUCAAUGCCGACUUCGCCGCCGACGCAGCCGCGGGAUUUGACGAAACUCCGGCGCGAGGCCCGUACACGCUGGCCAUGGCUAACAGCGCCAUCUUCGUCCCGCUUCCCAACAUUACCGUGAAUUAUUCGACAAUAGUCAACAGUAUCCGGUCUAUGGUCGCCGAUGGCUCUGCCUCCUCGUACCUCCCUCCCGACUACAGGUCCGACCCGACAAUGAUCGCAGGCUAUGAGCACCAGCUCUCCGUUCUCGCCGACUUCUUCGCGAACCCCGAGGCCCCCAGCCUCGAGAGCGGGUGGGCCACGGGGGCCGCGAUGCGAGCCAUCCAGCUCCACCCUCUCAGUCGCGGCACUGUCCGCCUGGACCUCACAGACCACUUGCAGCAGCCGAUUCUCGACUACCGAACCGCCUCCAACCCCGUCGAUUUCGACGUCCACCUCGCCCACGUCAAGUAUCUCCGCAGGACGCUCGGCACCGACGCGAUGCAGGAGUAUGGCACGGUCGAGCUCGGGCCUGGCGCAUCGGUGCAGACGGAUGAGGACCUUUUCGACUACGUCAAGGACAAAAUGGUCUUUUCGUUUAUGCACCCGUGCUGCACCGCUGCUAUGAUGCCGAGGGAAAAGGGUGGCGUUGUGGGACCCGACCUGAAGGUCCACGGGGCUGACGGGCUGAGGAUCGUCGAUAUAAGUGUCCUGCCAUUGCUCCCAAGCUCGCACCUCAGUGCGACGGCGUAUGCCGUUGGAGAGAAGGCCGCGGAUAUUAUCAUUAAACACUGGUCCAAGGCCAACGCAACCCACCCGAACCUGAGCAAGAAAUAAGGGGCUCACCGAGUCUGGCUCUGGUUGGUUGUGUUAGUGGCAGUAUCCAAGUGCUUGGAUGACAAGGAGAAAAGUCUGUUUCAUUCUACCAUUUGUCUCUGUGGUACAUUGACAUCUUCACAGUUUUGUAACGCAGAGGCAGUGAUUUGCGCAAUAGGCUACGACGAUCUUAAACUGUAAGAAAAAGCCCAGCUCAACUUGAAGUUGGUUGCCGCCACAGAUGAACCGACUGUGAACUUAAAAUAGUAGAGGAAGUAGCAACUUCCCCAACAAAUGUAGGUAGAGCCGCGCGGGUGUCAUC